UAAGUUACUUUUUACAACAAAAAAAAAACUCCCUACAAAAAUCCUGGCUACGCCACUGCUACACAAACAUUCAUAAAUCAUAAAUUAAACAUAAAAUUAUACCUUACUAAUUUUAAGUUUAAGUCUAUAUGUAUGUAUUUAAAAUGGAAUACGGACAUCCGGCCGAAUCCAAACGGCCGACGGCUAUAUAGGCCGACAGUCAGAUAGCCGAAACUAUUUUAGCCGACAAGGUCAAAAGGCCGACACUACGAAAAGCCGACACUAAAAUAAAUUAAGUAUAAGCUAUACAUUUUCAAUUCGAUAACGUAGUGUUGUCUUUUGUUGUAAUAAUGUUAUCGAUAACUUAUCGAAAUUUAACGAUACCUAAUACCUAUAGCCUGUAAUCUACAGUGGGUAUUGCUAUUGCAUGUUCAUAAAUACUGUUUCAGUUGAUUCGUAACCACGCCGCGUCUUUGCAUUCAUUUUUGUGUCGUUGUUUAAUUUAAUUUAUGUAUUUGCAUUAAAUAAUUAUGGAAUAUAAAAUUGAAAUUUUUGGUACAAAAUUAUUAAUUGACAAUUUUAUCAUGAUUAAAAACAAAAACCGUAACAAUAAAUAUUAUUGGGAAUGUGAAAAGAGGAAACAUACUAAACGGCAUAAUAGUAAUAAUGAAUAUUGUAAUGCAAGAGCAGUAACAAUUCUUGUUGAUGGUAAUCAUAUUGUUAAAGAUAAUUCUUUUUUAAAUCACAACCAUGGGCCUGACCCAUGCCGAUUGUUGGUAAAGAAAAACAUAAAAUAUAUUGUUUCAAAAGCUCUGUCUUCGAGAGAUAAACCUUCGCAAAUAAUACAGGAAGCAACGAGUCGCAUCCCCGUCAAUUCUCAGCCAUACAUGCCAUCAGUUGAAGCAACGCGAAAAAUUAUUUCACGGUGUAGAAAACAUCAGAAUCCACCAGAACCAACAAGUCUUUCACAAAUAGAUAUUCCUCUUAACUUAUGUAAGUCUUUUAAUGGUCAAACAUUGAGAGUCACAAAAUAUAUAUUUUUUCUACUAAAGAUGAAAUAUCAAAACUUGUCAAUGCCAAUUAUUGGGUUAUGGAUGGUACAUUUAAAACUGUGCCAAGUAUAUUUUUACAAAUGUACACCAUACAUGCACCUGUUGGUGGAAAUAAUUCUAGAAUUUUGCCAUUAGUAUAUGUUUUAAUGACCAGUAAACAACAAUGUUGUUACGAACGUUUAUUCGAAGACCUAAUAUCAAUUUGUGAUGAUUUCGGUUUCGAUGUUUCACCAAAAUGUAUUAUAACAGAUUUCGAAAAAGCUGCAAUUAAUGCAGCUAAUAAAGUAUUUCCAGAAUGCCAACAAAAAGGGUGUUUUUUUCAUUUAGGCCAAAAUAUUUGGCGAAAAAUCCAGUCUAGUGGAUUGGCUACUAAAUAUGGAGAAAAUGAAGAAUUUAGUUUACAACUUCGAUGUAUGUGGUCACUUGCAUUUUUACACCCAUCAGAUAUACCUAAUGCUUUUGAUCAAUUGAAAGAUUCAUUACCCUAUGACAUUCAAAAUUACUUUGAAGAAAAUUACGUGCAUGGAAAAGUACGAAGGAAAUUUAGAAAUGGAAUAGUAUCUCGAUAUGAGCCAUUGUUUCCACCAUCAUUUUGGUCAAUACAUUUCAAUCAUGAAAACAAUAUUCCAAGGACACAAAACAAAGUCGAAGCAUGGCACAAAAGAUGGAAAGUAUUAGUAGGAGCUGAUCACGUUGGGGUGUAUCGUAUAAUUGAGGAAAUGAGAAAAGAGCAACAACACGUUGUGGGGCAAAUUCAAAUUAUUUUAUCCGGACAAGCAAGGCCAAAACAAAGUUCAAAGUACGUAAAACGUCAAAACCAAAUUCAAACUAUUCUAAAUGAUAAAGAAAACAGAACAACCCUCGAGACAAUAAGAGGUAUUGCAUACAAUUUGCACUAUUAAUUUUUAUUUAUUAACAUUUAACUAUAUAACAUAAUUAUCAAUUAUAAUUUUAUAAACUAUUAGUAUUUUUUAUUUUUUAUGUAUAAAUAUCAAAUUUUUUAAUUUUUAAAACAUAUUAGGAAUAUAAAAUGUACUUAUAAUUAUUAACAAUACACUAAAUUUUAUUUUUAAGAAUAAGUAUCACCUAUAUAUAUAUAUCUGUGUGUGUGCAUAAUUUACCUAUCUCAACAUAAAAUUACUUAAUCGGCCAUUUAAUAUGUCGGCCUAAUGCGUGUCGGCCUAUAAAUUUGUCGGCCAUUUAGUAUGUCGGCCUAUUGCGUGUCAGCCAAAUGUCUGUCGACCAAAUGUCUGUCGGCCGAUUGUACCACACCC